UCUCCUGCUCCUUUAUAAGACGGUGUGUUGCCAUGGCGUCGAAUGCCAGCCACAUGUUGGAAGCUGCCCUGGAGCAAAUGGAUGACAUUAUUGCUGGCAAAAUGGGUGAAGGCCUGUUCAGCACUCUUAUGCAGUUAGGUGGCAAAGAUUAUCAAUCUCCAGAGUGCAGUCAACAGCUGACGCUUCCCCCACCCUUGGAUCCUGCCCUCAAGGCUCUUCAGCUGACUGAGGCCCUCAGGGCAAUGCUGGAGGGCCAGGGGAAUGAGGAAGAACAGGAUGCUCUCAGGAAACAAGUAUCUGAUGAUACAGCAAAUAUUAUACUAAAAUGGCUGGAAAAAGGUGAGGGAAACCUCCAUUCAAAUGCUAACAGUGAGUCUUACCAGGAGCGUUUAUCACGUCUGGAGGGGGACAAAGAGUCACUAAUUCUGCAGGUGAGUGUGCUGACAGACCAGGUGGAAGCUCAGGGGGUGAAGAUCAGCGAUUUAGAGAGUUCUUUGAUGGAGCAUCAGCACAAACUCAACUCCACAGAGGAAAUGUUGCAGCAGGAACUCCUGCAUAGGGCGUCACUGGAGAACCAGAAGCUGAGUCUUAUGGGGGAGGUGUCCUACCUGAAAUUAAAGCUGGCAGACAUGGAAGGAAAACAGGGCCAUGGGGGUGAAAGGCAGCACAAAGCAGAGACUGUAGUGAAUUUCAUUAGUGAGCUGCAGGAGCAAAUAUGUCAGUUUCAGAAGGAGAUCAAUAGCAAGAUCCAGGAGAAAAAGGCCCUGGAGAUCUCAGCUGACAGCAGAUUUCCCGUGGAGUGCUCUGCUGAGUCCACUGAAAGCCAGGACUCAAACCUGGGGGUGCCUUGUGACAAAACCUCAGGGAUGAUGAACAAACUGGAGGUGGCUCCAAACGGGUCUGAUGGAAACACAACUACCCUGGAAGAGGGUAGCUCAGAUGCAGAGCAAAAGUACUACUGUGGAGGAGAAAGUGGCUUAUUUAAGGAACUCAGGAUUCUUAAGGACAAAGUGGAGCAGCUCGAGGAUCAGAAGUUACAGUAUGAGAAGAAACUCAAAGCAACGAAGGCAGAGAUCAGCAGCCUUCAGCAGCUUCUGCACAGUAAAAAUGCUGAGAUUGAGAGCUUGCACUCUCAGCUGCUGGCCAGACCCUCUCUAACCACAGAGAGCACAGAAAGAGAGGAGAUGUACAGGAAGAGACUAAACACCAAAUAUCAAGAAUUGCAGACUCGGAGUGGAAUGAAAUCAUUGGUAGCUGCCAAUGAUGAAAAGGACCGACGUAUUGAAGAGCUCACUCUGCUCCUGAAUCAGUGCAGACAGUUCAGAGAGGUCUCUAACAACACAAGGCAAGCACCAUCUGCUGUCCAUUCAUUGUCAAAUGGCAGGAGCCUGUCAAGCAGCAGUGAGGAAGAAGAGCAGGGUGUGAUGAAGAAUGCUGACACCGCCAGUGCAAAAUCUGAGGAUGUGAAGUCUGAAGCUUCGACAAUAAGCUCUGCAUCCCAACAAACAUCAGUUUCAUCAGUCCAAGACAGCGAUUCCAGAUUAGAAGCGCAGACUUUAUCAAGUAGCAUGAAUGACAUAACAAAUGGACCUACAGAAAAGACUGGCCCCAGUGAAAUGAGAAGUCAGACGCUGCCUGUGAAUUCCUCUCUGUUAGAACAAAAUGGGAUCGGAGACAGCAGCAGUGAAUUGAGUCAAAGGUCUCCAGCUGGGAGUGAAGACGGAGACUCAAGCCAAAGUAAAUCCCAAAAAACUGAUGACAGCACUUCAAGUGAUACUUCCCCCGUUCAUUCUGGCCAGCGAGCUGUGGGCUCACCAGAAUACAUGAAGAAUAACAGGAGCUAGAGACUCUGGGGAAAACUUCGAAGAACCCAGUCUGGAGGCCUCCCUGCAACAGAUCCAGAUUCUGCCGUUAGAAGAGGGGGACUGCGCGCGACUGCUGGACCCAGACUGACCCGAACCCCUGAAUCAUUUGACUCGGCACGUGAUCUGAAUAUUCCAUUCAGUCAAUGGACCAAGGAGCAGGUGUGUGGCUGGCUAGAGGACUAUGGAUUGGGCCAGUACGUUAGUCUCACCAGACAGUGGGUUGAAAAUGGACAAACACUUCUGUCUGCCACACCUCAGGAUUUUGAGAAGGAAAUGGGUAUGAAGAAUCCACUGCACAGGAAGAAGCUGCAGCUUGCUCUACGGGCAUUCACCACUAAAGUUAUAGAGAAAUCAUCAGAGCUGGAUCACAUCUGGGUCACCCGCUGGCUGGAUGAUAUUGGUUUGCCUCAGUAUAAAGACCAGUUCCAUGAAGCUCGAAUAGAUGGUCGGAUGAUACAAUAUCUCACAGUGAAUGACCUCUUGACUCUGAAGGUUACCAGCCAACUUCACCAUCUCAGUAUUAAGUGUGCAAUUCAUGUGCUUCACGCCAAUAAGUUCAACCCCAACUGUCUUCGACGUAGACCUGUGGAGGAGAAACAUCCUUCUCCUUCAGAAGUAGUGCAGUGGUCUAACCAUCGUGUGAUGGAGUGGCUGAGAGCCGUUGACUUAGCUGAAUAUGCUCCUAAUCUACGUGGCAGUGGUGUUCAUGGUGGGCUGAUUAUUCUGGAGCCUCGCUUCAGCUCAGAGACUUUGGCCCUGCUUUUAAAUAUUCCCCCACAGAAGACAUUGCUCCGUCGUCACCUUGCUACUGCAUUCUCUGCUCUAGUUGGGCCUCAGGCCAUGCAGGAAAAACGAGAAUAUGGCAAUGCCACGGGUCAUGUGCCCCUAACUACCACUGCAAAAGUAAAGCCGAAGAAGCUGGGCUUCACCCAAUUCAGUCACCUCAGAAAGAGGAAACCUGAUGAAUCUGCAGACUAUAUCUGCCCGAUAGACAGUGGAGCACUAACAGUUAAUGGAGUUUCUCGCUUGUCAUCUUCAGCACAAAAGGGCCUCAGUCCCAGAUUGGACAGACAGGCUGAGAGGGAGGAACAAGUCGGGCUCAAAGCUCAAACUAAUAUUAAUUAAUUAUUGUUUGAAGCUAAGACAUGAAGUGCCACCCUCUCCACCCCACUCACGUCUAAGUGACUUCAUAAAUCCGGGACAUUCUAAUGCCAGAUAUUUACCCACAAUGCAUCUGUCUUGUGAUUUGCUGGAGGCUGUGAUGCAGUAUUUAGCAAUUAUUAAUUGCUGUUAAUGUAUAUUUAAUCAGAUCAUAUUCAUCUUAAAAAGGUGAUGACUGAUGAUGGUGUUUGAAUUGUUUUAAUAAAGCUACUCUGCAUUCCUUAUACAGUGGGAUAUCAACCAUUUUGUAUAUAGACUUCUUUAGUAGAAUAAUGAGCUUUUCUUGUUGCAACAUCUGGAUUGUUUGCACAGUGUCAUUGACUGGAUACCUUCCAAACAGCUGUUUCUCAGUUAUUUUCUGUAUGACUGAAAGUGAAAAUCAUUUAAAUUCUCUGCAGCUUCAGAUAAGGCUCGUUGGUAUACACAAAUCUACAGCCCAGUGUUUUUUUGUUUUUGUUUUGCUCCUUUGCAGUUUAGAAAGCCGUUAGUGUUGUUAGCUUUUUAUUUUAUUAUUAUUUUUAAGAAAGACCAACCACAACACUAGUUUCCAUGAAAGCAAAAUCCUUUGAUGCCAUCUGGUACUUCAUAUUGAAGACCGUCAAACAUUAAUAACACAGAAACACCCGACAUCCCAGGUUGUACAGGGAAGUUUGGGCUCAUCCAGUUGGAUUUCUUUAAAGACAACAAUUCUGAAUAUCUGCUGCAAUAGAGCAUGUUUUGAAUUUGGUGACAAUUAAAUAAAGAAUCAAAAAACUCUGUAUGAUCGCUAUAUUAAUUUGGGGAGUUGUCACACAGUUAAAAUGCUUUUUUAAUUCUGGAAAGUAUCCCCCAGUUUUUGGUUGUCUUGCUGCUUAUUAAGGGGCAAGUAACAUGCAGUAACUGUUAUUGUCCCCAGUAUAAUGCUCUAUUACUUUAUUAUAAAAUCAGAAUAAACAGAUUAAAAACACUAUACAGAUUCCCUUUCAGCUAUUCUGAACUGCCACAUAUUUUAAUAUCUUAGUAAAAGAUAUAUCCCACGUCUAUUGAUCUUCACACUUUUAAUUUUUCAUGUUAAACUUUUCCAUGUUAGGUGUAAAAGAGGAUGGACAACCACGACUAUGUUAACAAUGUUAAUAAUGUUGUACUGUGAUACAUUUUUGGCUAUAUGGCUAAAAUAAAUACAUUUCUUCAUCUGUAGGUUCAAACAAAUUAAG